AUGGUUCAGCAGCAACAUUGCAAGGGAUGUUACUGCAACACCUGUGAGGAGGCUUACGCCUCACAAGCCGACCUGAAGGAUCAUUAUGCUCCGAGUGCAAAGUUGGAUGAAUCAAGACACUUCUUCAAUAAGGCUCGCGAACUGCGUGAGCAUUUCCGGGAGGAACACUGCUACUGCGGAGGAUGUCGGCGUGUGUUCGCGAGCGAGAGUAACCUCCGUGCACAUUGUCGCUCCUCCAUCCACAAGGAUGCUACCACUCACUGUGUUAGCUCCAUGUGUCAUCGCUCAUUCGUGUCGGUAUCUGCCAUGAUAUUGCACCUUGAAGCUGGCCGGUGCGAAGCGGGCCUCGAUCGCGAGGAAGUCGACGAGCGCAUCAUACAAGGAGACGAGGGUCACGUUAUCACAAAUCCUGUGCGUCUCCUCGAAAGGAAUGCCGAAGAAGACCAAGUGAACCCGCAGAGAGAUAUUGCCCAGGCGACGGAGCAUUUGUGGGAUGGUUCACAUUAUAAAUGCCCCAAGUGCCGUCACCAAUACGUGUCGUUUGCUGCGCUAAAGCGUCUCCUCGCCAGCCCGGCGCAUGCGACGAAGAUUUAUCGAUGCCCACCCAGUUUCUCGGGCUGCGGUGCGGAGUUCGGGACGCUCAGUGCUCUGGCGCAGCAUGUUGAGAAUGAGCAGUGCGGUAUUCAUAGCGAGUCAGCCCUUGUUGCUAUUGUAGACUUGUGCGCUGGAAAAACGCGCUCGCAACCUGCAAACCCGCGCGCCUCGCCACCCGUCUAUGCAUUGACACUAUGGUGGACUAGUGCCAUGCCCAUGAGUACAUGA